AUGGAUCAGCCGCACCAGACGUCCUCGACGCAGCGAGGGCGCCCACGACAGCGCUCGGCCGUCGCCUGCACCUGGUGCCAUUCCCGACGCGUGAAGUGCAAUGCCGCGGCCAAGGGGACGCCGUGUUCUAACUGCGAGGCUGCUGGGCGCCACUGCAUGCUCAUCGAGAGCAAACGAGGCAAGAAGAGGAAAGUGUCGGCUUCCCCCUCUGCUGCCCAGCAGCGUGACCUGUCCAGUAUUCCUCAGGCUUCCCCGACGUCUGAGACGAACCAGCCGGCGGCGCCUGGCAAUGUCUACGACCCCCUCAAGGGCGUGAGGACCCAGCCCAAGAACCUACAGGAGAACCGCCGUCCGCGCACGGCAUCCACCUCCACAUGUGUUCCCGAUAAACCUGAUCUGGGGGCGCAGGACUCGCAGGAAACCCUCUAUGCUCAGGUCUUGGACAAGGCCACCGACACGGGCACGGCCACGGGCAUGCUGCCGGACGUCAAAGAAGGUGUGGUCCAUGUCAUGUACAUGGGCGAGACGUUCAACUUGACGCAUCUGCUGCGCCAGACCAAUCCCGACUCUGCCCGGUCGACACGGAAGAGACAUUACGUGGUGCGGUUCAACCCCAAGAAUCGCACGGUCAGUCCCGUAGAGAAGGAGGAAGAGGAGGAAGAGGACAAUGUGCUCACGACGUUCCUGCAGCACCAAGGUUGCUUUACCCUCCCCUCCGUCCAUACGUGCUACCAGCUGUUCCAGACCUAUUUCGAAUACGUUCACCCUCACUAUCCCAUCCUCGAUCGCGAAGACUUUGCCGCCCAGUACACAGAUCUCAAAACACCGGCCUCGUACCUGCUGCUCCAGAGUGUCCUGUUCAUGGCGUCGGGACACUGCGAGCUGUCCGUGCUGCUGGACGCAGGGUUCGAAUCGCGAUACCACGCGCGGAGGACGUUCUUCCAGCGCGCCAAGGCACUCUACGACAACGACCACGAGCCCAACAAGGUCACGGUCGUGCAGGCCGUGUUCCUGAUCAGCUUCUGGUGGAACGGGCCGACCGAUCAGAAGGACACCUGGCACUGGCUGGGCAUCGCCAUCAGCCUCGCGCUGACGCUGGGCAUGCACCGCUCGACGCAGCACUCUGACAUGAAACCUAAGGACCGGUGUCUGUGGAAGAAGAUCUGGUGGUCGCUCUUCGCCGAGGACAAGCACGCCGCCACGGCGCUGGGUCGUCCCGUGCACAUCCGUCGCCGGGACUGCGACGUCGAGCCCCUCGAGAUUACUGAUUUUGACGAACCCCCCGUCGCACGAUCUGACAUCUUCGGCAGCCCCGAACGUGUCGACGGACUGUAUGUCAUUGCGCUGGUCGAGCUAUCCAUGAUUGCCGAGAGUAUCAUCGAGAGCUCUUUUACCGCCUUCAACGCAACCACCUCGGACAAUACGGACAUGUUCCAGUCUUGCUCGCAGGCCCUGGAGCAGUGGCGGUCGGGUCUCCCGCUGGAACUGCGUAUCCAGUACACCGGCACCUGUCUCUGGACGAGCAUGCUGCACAUUGCACACAGUUGGUUCGAGAUCGUCACGCACCGGUCCAUCGCGCCACAGAACCUGUCACCGCCGUCGAUGAAGACGGCGCACUUCCUGGCCAUGGACGCGGCGAACCGCAUGGUGCGCAUCGUCGAGGAACUCCUGUCCCAGUCGCACAUCCUGCACUGCCCAAUCCAUAUCGUGCCGGCGCUGUUCGCCGCCAUGGGCAUGCAGGCGGUCGACAUCUGCUCGGGCCAGUCGAUCCUGGAGCAGCUGGGUGUCGUGAAAGUGCGGCUGGCCAUGAUCGCCCUGCGCGAGCUGCAGAGCACCUGGCCCGUCAGCGGCUGGAUCUUCCGCCUCUUCGCCAAGAUCGUGCGCCGCAUCCGUAACGGCGACGUCGAGCUGUUGCUCCCCCACGAGUCCGUCAACGCGUCGUCGCCUGUGCAGAAGGUGAAGAGCUGCAGCAGCACCAGCAGCCACCGUGAACCGCUAGCCACCAACAAUGAGGGCGCCUGUGGGAGUCCCGCAACGGCACCAGCGCCCAGCCAGGCCAUUGACCCUCGGCCCCAGCCAUCGUCGCUGGUCAACGGCGGCAAGUCCCAGUACGGAGGACAACAACAACAACAACAACAACAACAAGACCCGAGCCUCACGCCGAUGUACACGAUGCCCAGCCAGCAGGCGGCCAAAUACUUGUUUCCGGAAGCGUCCAACCUGGCCAUGCCCCUGAGUUAUCCGGCGGACUGGGGAACGAUCCUCGACGACGGGGCGUGGGCCGACUUGGAAUACGAGUUCUAG